GCACAAAAUUACCAAAUAUUUUAUUUUAUUUUUCUUUUAAUAAAUUAGUACCAACUACAACGAGUAUUGUGUACAUUUGCAAAAUGGAGAAACUGACAUAUGAUAUUAAGUGAAAAAUUAUUAGUAUUAAAAUAAAAAAAUUUAAUACAUUAAAUGUAUAAAAAGUGCAAGAUACAAGAUAUAAGAAAUUCAACCAAUUUCUGUUUAUAUAAAAUUAAUUGUUGAAUUUUAUAAUAAACACAUUAAACUGCAGCAACAAUAGAAAAUCAGUGUAAAUUAAAAGUAACAAAUGGCAACUUCACCGCGUUCUGUGGACACGAUGUCCGUUUGUUCAACGGUAUCAAGUUGUCCAGAUAGACAUGGUUUCUAUGGAGGUUUUCAGCGCACAGAAAAACCCAAAGAGCCUCUAUCCAGAGCACAAAUUAUAGCUCGUGAAAAGAAAUGGUUAUACAUGACUGAAAACUGGUCCAUAUAUAUGUCGAAAAAUUAUAAAAAGAUACGAGAUCGUUGUCGAAAAGGUAUACCAAAAUCAGUACGACCACGUGCUUGGUUUUAUCUAUCUGGUGCUUACUUAUUGAAAAAGAAAAAUCCUUACGUCUACAAAGAGUUAUUAGAAAAACAAGGCAAUCCACAUGUAAUUGAAGAGAUUAAAAAGGACAAACAUCGGCAAUUUCCAUUUCAUGAAAUGUUCUUAGAUGAGGAUAAAGUUGGUCAGAUCGAAUUGUUUAAUAUAUUAAAAGCUUAUUCGAUCUAUAAUCCAAAAGUUGGUUUUUGUCAGGCACAAGCACCAAUUGCAGCUUUUUUAUUAAUGCAUCUACCAGCUGAAGAUGCUUUUUGGGUCUUUGUCAGUGUAUGUGAUGUUUAUUUGGAAGAUUAUUUUAUUCCUGGUCUGGAGGUAUUACAAAACGAUGCAGCUAUACUCGAGGGAUUAUUAAAAAAGACCUCACCACCUGUUUACAGACAUCUGCAAAAGCACAAAGUUGAGCCAUUGUUAUAUAUGACGGACUGGUUUUUGUGUGCCAUGACACGCACGUUGCCAUGGGAAACGUUACUUCGUGUAUGGGAUUGCUUUCUAGCGGAAGGUAUUCGUGUCAUAUUUAAGGUGGCCCUUGUCAUUAUCGGUGCAACACUAAAUCGACAUAAGGUGCGAAAACAGUGCAAUGGACUAUGUGAAACUCUGGAAGUAUUACGUUCACCACCAGAGGAAGUGCUAGAGGAAGAGUUUCUGAUCGAAAAUAUACAACGUUUAAAUUUACGCGUUGAAGAUUUUCAAAUAGAACAUACUAGACAGAAGGCGCGUCGUGCUAAAUUAAAAGCGCUACAAGAAAACAAUGGCAGCCUAGCAACAACAAGUAGCAGCAGCAGCGGUCAUAGAGGUCAAUAGUAGUAUGUUUGCUACUAUUGGUAGUAUAUUACUAUAAAAUGCUACUAGUUUAAACAUUUUUAUAAGUAAAGUUAACACAAAGCGCAAAAUUGAUUGUAUGUCGGAUUUUGUUUUCAACACAAACCUAAACUUUAAUGUACUGAUAAAAGCAAAGGAACUUGCGAUAUGCAACGAAAACUCAAAUCUGAUAUUUUAUUAUAUGUACAAUAUUUGGAAAAUUUUAUAUAUUUUAAAAAUCAAGCAAUGUAUUUAAAGAGAAUUGAUUAAUGUACUCUGUAAUGAAUGAAAA